CGCAUCAUCGAGCUUGCCAUUCUACACUCUUCAAUCGCAAUCGCUCAACGAUUAUAACCAUGCGUCUCCCUCGGCUGUGCGCUUUGGCGCUUGCGGUGGAAUACGUCCAUGGCUACCUUGACACGACACCUUUCUUCAUGUUCUCGACAUCAGAACUCCUCAAUCCAGACUCCCAGUUACAAUCGGCCGACGGCAUCGUGUCGAAUGUCGCGCUCUCCCUAACCUCCUGCCCUUCAGACUUCUACAUCCUCGUCUCACAGCAAGGCGUGAGUGGCCGAGAUUACGAAUCCAUAAAGUCCACACCUGUCCUGGCCCAAGCAUUAUCAGCGCAAUCGAAGAGAGGCGUUCGAAGCAGCAUGGUCGUACCAGACGUUGUCGGAUCCAUCAACCCCUCAAGCUGGAUCGAACUGCUGCAAACAAAAUGCGGCGUAGAAACCACCGAGAUUGACGGUUCAACUGGCGCCAUUCCUGCCACGAUCCCGUCUUCACCACAGCUUCUCCAAGUUGCGCUUCCUGCUCCUUCAACCUCAAGGAAGCAGGACCUUUCGAGUAACGAUGCCUUCUUCGCCUCGAUUCUCGACUUGCUGCCUACGCAGAAUUAUACCGUUCUAUACAUGACAACACGGGCUGUCGACAGCGGGCUCGCGGCACAGCAGGUCGAACCCACAGACUAUGAUAUGAAGUCGCGGAUUCAGGAAUCAAUGCAUAUCGGUCUGAAGAGAGAUUUGGGUCUCCGUGCAGGCAACAAGACUGAGAAUCAAACCAUGAUCGACGGGCCGUUGUUUGAUAAGUAUCAGUUCUUUACGCCAGGCAUCUUUAUGGGCUUCUUGGUCGGAUUCCUCCUGCUUUCGAUCCUGUACGUCGGAGUUUCAGCGUUGGCCUCAUUGCAAGUUACGUAUGCGGCGUUCGAUAAGGACAUGGGCCAGCUGGCGGCCAAGAAGCAGCAAUGAAUGCCUGCAAUGAUAGAUGCGGCUUGUUGGGCAAUUGUGCUUGUCGUACAAAAGCAUGCUCGGCGCCGAUGCGCCGUUGAUCUUUUCCUAGAGAAGGAAUGUAAAAUAUAGUAAUGGUUCAUGUCAUGACUGCCCAGCAUGUUUGGCACGCUUCUUUCACUUCUUCAUUGGGUCACGGUUUCAGCUCAAUUGUGCAGCAGGUUGUCGAGGUGUCAAACUAUUCUCUCAUUACUCUCUCAGUCUUACAUGCUGGCAAGGAAGUUUCGAAGCUCGGCGUUCAUCUUAGCACGUUUGGUGGCUCUGAGAGGAGCAUACUGUGAGUUAACG